GUCUCGCUAGCGAUGCAAGAAUCUAAUUGAGCUGGCUACGGAAGAUGCAUAGAGCAGCCGGGAGGGAAUGUAAUACUCCUCCUGAAUAUAUUAUUCAGCGCACCGUAAGGAUCUUGUGCUAUCUUCACCUGUCAUUUACGAGCCAUGGCGCCGGGUCUCGCGGGUUUGACCAAUGCAUGUGGUGAUGACGCCUAGUAUUUCUCAAGGAUGCAAAGCGAGAUUCUUUUCAGAGGUUCCGACAGGGCACGGAGGAUGCGUGAAUAAAUCUUUUUGGAGUGAAUUCAUGAGACAUCUUCAUUACCUAUGCAUGCGCUCUUUUCUCUCACGUCGGAAUGAAGAGGACUGAAAGGAGGCAUCAUUUUUUGUCGCGUUAUUUUAAUGUGCCUUGGGACAUUCAUUCGUGUGUAGAGGUCGGAUACAUAUCUGGAUGAUGACUUUGUGGUUGUGAAAGGUGACUUUGAAAUAGCCUACUUUGCAUCAAUGUGCUAGCCCGUGUGUCUCGCAUUUCCUUAAUUGUAUCUUCUAGUAUAAUGGGCACGACGGAGGAAUGGAACAAAAACGCAUUUGAUUAUCACAAGAAAUGAAGAUUCAACUUCUUGAUACCGCUUCUGCAGCUCUUCAGAUACAAUUCACGCGGACAAUUCAUGAACUUUAUAAUUACACCCCAUGAAAUGACCGUGAUCUAUUGAUGGACAUAAUAUAAUUUCUCAAGGUUUUAUCAACUAAUGUGGCGUGGCUCAUAAAUUAAUUUUGUUUUACACGUUAUUUCAAGUAUAUAGGGACAGUUUUUCCAGUAGCUUGGAAUCGCCCAUAUCAUAUUCGUGUCAAAAUAACUCAGGUAUUGCAAGCAGAAAGUACUUCGACUUUAGAUGCGAGCGUUCAAUCGUGUUACUUGCUCAAAGAUGACUUUUGCGUGACGUCGAUAACUUAAUCCACAGUUUGCAAUCAACGCCUAAAGAUUUAAUUAUCAGCGUUUCGCACGAUCACCUCAAAAGCCGUUUAACCCUUGUAGUCUCGGGCGGAUAUGUCAGAAGUUAAUCCCUCACGCAAGGAUUACCACAGUGUAUGAACACGAAACUAAAUUAUACUGAGGAAAGACAUACUACAACCACGCAGGCACACUGCUUUACAUGGUGGGCAAGGUUUAGCUUGGUUACAUUCGUCACUGCAAGGGUAUAUCUCACUGUCAUUUAGUUUUCUCUGCGGCCUUAAUGACCACACCUAAAUGACAGUUCUUCGCUUCGUCACCUACCGCAUUUAGACAACUUUCACUCUUUCAUUUCUGUAUUUCCCUUCAAUAUUUAUUAUCAGUCGGGAGAUCUCAACAGUCAACACACUAGCAGGUCAGCUCCAGCUCCAUUUCACUUAAUUUCCAGGCAAUACUUCCUGAAGGCCUAUAUCCUGUCUAUACGAGCAACAUACCCAGGCCAGUAUACAUUUAAGUAGAUAAUAUAUAUGGAAAUCAUUCGACGUGUAAGAAUGUACACACCACUGCUAUGCUUAUCAAAUUAAAAGUCGCAGUCUCCCACGUGGCAUGCUAUAUUUGCCUGGUCUAAUUCAAUAUUUGAUUAGGAUCGCAUCUGGAAGCAUUCGAGCUGCUAUCUUAUGCUGAUGGUGAAUGUGGAUUUAUCGAAAUAUAAUUCGUUCAUGAUCAGUUUGACAGCAAACUGGCCGGGUUUUGUGUUCAUUUUGAUGGAUCAAAUUGCACUUGUUACGGUUGUCAUCUGUCGUCAUUAUUAUAAAUGAUACUGAAAACAUUUUUCCCCCCAUUGGAUGUGUGAAUACAAUUGGUUGGAACGUGCACCUGCCACUGGGUGUUAUCAGUGUACUGUCAGUCAGCAUAAUGUUUUGGAGUUAACUCGACAUCGCAUUUCGAUUGCUCGGGGGAAUUAUCAUAUUACAAGUUCCGUCAUAUAUCUUUCAAAUAACUAUAAAGCACUGAUAACAUUUCCUAUAUAACUUUAGUCAAGAUCAUAAGGUAGUUUUUCAUACCUUUUUUUUUACCGUGACAAGACUAAGGCCUAUAUACACUUAACAAGAUGGGGUACUCGAUGGAAAAGUUUGUAACGAAGCCCAACCCUAAUCUUAUUUGUGGCAUCUGCGCAUGUGUGCUUCGGGAGGCUGUCCUGACCCGAUGCGGACACGCCUUCUGUCAGGCCUGUCUUGACACCUGGUUGGCCAGACCAUUGGCGGGAACCUGCCCUCAAUGUCGCACCUGCAUCAGUAAGUUCCAGGUCAGCCCUGUCUGGGCCAUCAGGGAAAUCAUCAACGGAUUGUCCAUAUACUGCAGCAAUGCUGACCGCGGCUGCUCCCUGACACUGGGUGUCGAGAACCUGGAAAAGCACCUUGACUCCUGCGGCUACGCACCUGUAGAAUGUGUGGCUUGUGGCGUUGUGGUCAACAGACUCGAUUAUCCGGCUCACACGGUUGAAUGUGAGAAAUACACCAUGGAGAAAAGUGGACAGCAGACCUCGACCCAGACCUCACCCGCACCCGACGCACCGGACAUCGAGAAGUUGAACCAACGACUGAACGCUCUUGAGAUACAACUGAAGCAUAGCCGGAAGCAACUCCAUCUAUGCCAAGCCGACAACCGAAAACUGGAACGGGAGUUGUCCAAAACGCGCAUCGACCUGCAGAGAAAACGAACUGAAUUCAAUAGCUUCAAAGCCCAGAUGUGUGAGUUCGACCCCGAUUAUCCGUAUGGCUUUCACCCAGAUGGCAUCUCAAAACUUUCCCUCCUCAUCGCCUGCCAUCAACUGGAGAAACCCGACAACAUCGACCAGAACCGCAUCUUCACCUGCAUCCAGCGUUGCUAUGACAACUUCGCACGCUGCGGUUCCCGGUUCGAGCACGACGUCCAUAUGCUGAUCGCCACCGCCUAUGCCAGUAAGUGGUUUUCUGAUAACCAGAAGAUCAACUUUCAUUGUUGGUUGCAGAGCAUCGCAAGAUAUCGAAAGUAUGCCGACUGGGGCAGGACAGCUGUCAGUCAACAAGCCCUCAAUCAGCAUCAACAAGAUGAUGGGAAUUUGAUGAGAGGUCAGGUUCAUCGAGGUACAGUCAAUAUAGGGAGUAACCAAUUAUCUAGGUCACUGUCUCUUCGAUGAUUCCUCAUGUCAAUAAAGAAUCAAGACCCUACUAGUAUACUGUACAUUAGAAUGA